UCACACGCUGGCAUUGUUGUUUUUACGAGCCAAAAUUUUGUUUUGUGAUUCGUUUUGCCACAAAAAUAGCUGACCAAAAUAGAGGCGCCCAGCGGAUUACCCCAAGCAGUGACGCCCUCAGUUUCGAGGAUAGAAGGGCAGAGGUCAGAGGUCAGCGGACAGUGGAGGAAGCAAAAGCGAGGCGCGGAUAAAGCUGGAACCCAAAGUGGACUCCGCAACUGGCCAUUAAUUGGAUUAGCGUCCAAGCACAGCGACUUAAACCGGGAACAAGAGCCAUUGAGGUCUGGCCCAGCAACGUGACCGAACCCAGGCGUACCUGUACCCCACCCAAGGCAAUCCCAAGGACAGGACGCGCUCAAGGACCACAAUUACCCUUGGCACACAGGACGCUCCAGCGGAAGGACACCGGGAUCAGCGGAGUCAGCAAAAUCGGAAGUGGGAUCAGCGACAGCGACUCUGGCUUGGUUAUGCCCAUCGCCUGCCCUGGUACGCGGGACGGGAACUGGGGCUUGCGCGCUGCCUGCAGGCGAUCGACACGCUGAGGCUGACCUACGGCCCGCGUCCACGGCAGCUGGCGCUGGCCAUGUCCCUGCUGGCCUACGUAGAGCCUGGGGAGUCCAGCGACACGGAGCCGGAGGCAGAGGCGGAGCCAGACGCCCUCGUCGACUUCACGGCCAUGCUGAGGCAGAGACAGCGCGAGUACGGCGGCUGGUUUGGCUGCGGCAGCAAGAUGCAGGCGGAGCAGUCCGACCAGGGAUACUACCUGGAGCAGUAUGUGCUGGGCGUGCUGGACUUCAGCUCGCAGUAUGGCAUCGACUACAGCAUCUCGUAUACGGCGGCCAAUGUGAUUGGACGGCCCACGAAGUUCCCAGCCUACGGCGACUAUCCGGAGACCUUCCCCAUGGUGAGUCGAUCUGGCCCGUGCAGAACCGUCCGUUCAGAGUUCCCCUUCAACUCUCGCCCGCAGCGCACCUACGGUGACUGGUGGCAGCGGGCUCCGUCGGCCACCCGAGAGAUUCAGGCCCAGAAUCUGCCAAAGCUGGCCACGCACGACUACAUUGUUGUGUACUUCGAGGAGUUUGUGGUGCCGACGGAAGUGGCCAUCUUUGAGACCUUCAAUCCGGGCGCAGUAGUGCGCAUCUGGGCUUACGGUCUGACCAAGCACUGGACAUGUUUGUGGGAGGCAACGGAAAGCGAUCUGGCCCGGCCGGCACUCGACUCGCGUCGCUUUGCUCCGGCUCUCAAGAAGACUACGAUGAUAACGAAGACACUGCGCAUCGACUUCAACCACAGCCGACUCAACUACUACACGGAGAUCGACGCCAUAAUGCUCUGCGGUCGCACCGUAUCCAAAACGCAAAGCCUUCUCGGCAGGCAACAGCGGACGAAGCAGUCGCAUCAGUCGCAGCGGCAGGCGCUCGUGUCCCCGCCAGCGGAGGCUGCCGGACCACCUGCACCCGAUGGCAGUGGGGGACCCAUUAGCUACAAGCUGCGCACUCUGAAGUUUCAGCCCAAGUGCCACGAGGACGGCGCCACCAAGCUGCACGACUUCAUCAACAACGACCUGAGCCAGUUCCUGAUGGAGCACAGCGUGGAGGGCGGGGAGCCACCGCCACGGGUCUGCCUGACCGAUCUGCCGUUCGAAAUCCUCCUGCGCAUACUCAGCUACCUGGACCUCAAGUCCCUGUUCCGCGUGGGCCAGGUGUCGCGCACCUUCUACGACAUCUCCACGCAUCCGCUGCUCUACGCCGAGCUCAGCCUGAAGCCCUACUGGCAUGUGGCCAGCUCCGAGCUGCUCUGCACGCUGGCCCGCCGGGCCACCAUGCUGCGCAAGCUGGAUCUGUCCUGGUGCGGCGCCCUCGGCAAUGUGUCGCCCACCGAGUUCAAGAAAUUCCUGACCCAACGCGGCGAUAAUCUUACCCACCUGCGACUGAACUCCUGCAAGUUUCUUAAUGCCAGCUGCAUUGAGAAUGUGGGCAUAGUCUGUGAUAACCUGAUAGAGUUGAGCCUGCGCAACUGCGCCACUGAUCCGCCGUUGCUAAAUUUCUCCUGUCUUGCCAACCUCAAGAAUCUGGAGCGUCUCGAUCUCUUCCAAACGGCCUUUGAAACGGAACUGUUGCUCAGCAUGCUUGAGGGCAACCGCAAGCUGAAACACCUGAAUCUUGCAUUCUGUGGUGUCUCCGUGAACAUGGACAAUGUGGCCGCCCAUUUGGCCACGUACAAUACGCAGCUGAUCUCCUUGGAUCUGUGGAAGGCGCACUUCCUGUCGGCCAGAGGACUACUGUCGCUGACGCGCCUGCAUCAGUUGGAGGAGCUCGAUUUGGGCUGGUGCUUGAGGGAGGCAUCGCUCGGAGAUGGCCUGUUCCAGUUGCUGUCCAACUGCCCCAAUCUGAAAAAGCUAUUCCUGUCGGCGGUGCGAGGAACCACCGAACGCGAUCUCAUGCAUAUUGCCGCCCUGGGCAAGAAUUUGGAGCAACUGGACCUCAUGGGCAUUCUGAACAUAACGCACGAGCGUGUUUAUGACAUUCUAGUUCACUGUCCGAAGCUGCAAUUGCUCGACCUGAGUUUCUGCGAUAAUAUAAUGGAUCGGGAUUUCGAUUUGCUAGCGGAAUGGUCGCAUCAGUUCACCGUGGAUAUCAAGACCAGCCGGCGUUACUAGCCCUUUAAUUCGAUUCCCCAAUCAUUGGACUAUGCAGUCCUAGUAGCUAUUAUCUCUGGUACCAUGAUAAGUGUACUUUUAGAUCCUAUAUGUAUGUGUGUCACUCUCUUUCUGUGUUUAUAGUAAAAUGUUAUCUAUCUACUGUUAUAAAUAUGAAACAUUUGAUAUUAAACGAUUUAAUAGAUUAUUUAAAGCACUUAA